GCAUCUCCCCCGUACUCCCCGCUUGAGCCCUCCUCUCCUCCCUCCCCUUCUCCUGCUAAUUCCGACGGCAAUGGGCGGAACGUGCUGGUGAUAUCGCUGGUGGCGUCCAUCUUGGUAGCGGCUAUUGCAUCUGCGCUGGUUGUGUGGAUGUACGUUAGAGGGGCGAGGAAGAGGGCCAGGAAGGUGGGCGAGGAGAAGGAGGGGGAGGAGAAGAGGAGUGAGGCUGAGAAUGCAGGAGCAGCAGCAGGGGGAGGAGGAGGAGGGGAGGGGGGGAUGGGGAUGAGGGGUCAGGGAAGGAAGGGGAUGGGUAUGGGGAAGGGAGUGGAAGGAGCAGGGACGGAAGCGGGCGGAGAGCUGUUGGUGUGUCCCGCAGUGGGUCAAGAGAGGAGCGGGGGAGUGAGAGUGAGAGGGAGAGGGAGAGGGAGAGGGAGAGAGGGGGAAGUGGGGGAAGUAGGGAUCGAGAGAGAGAGUAUGGGGACGGUGUAGGUUUGCCAAGCAUGCCACUUUCCGGGCCUAAUUCAAGCUCUACCGAGCCUCUUCUGCCCAAUGGGAAUGUGUCCGAGCCUAAGAGUAUCCACAGUGACCGUAGUGGGGAAAGAGGGAAGGGCAGUCUUGCUGGUGGGGGUUAUCCGCCCAGCACUGCUGCUGCUACAGCUGAUGAUGCUACAGCUGUCGUAGGUGCAGGAAUAGCAACUACAGCAGCAGCAGUAGCAGCCGCAGCAGCAGGAGGAGCAGCAGCGCAGAACGGACAAAAGUCCCCGCCCAACGUGCUGGCAGUGGACCCUGAGCCGUUCACUGUGCCGCCCACGCACGUGCAGCGGAUGACCUUAGCGGAGCUGGAGGAGGCCACUGGGGGGUUCUGUGAGGAGCACCUCAUAGGCGCGGGCGGGUUCGGGUCGGUGUACCGGGGGGUGCUGGCGAAUGGGCGGGUGGUGGCGGUGAAGAGGCGUGCGGUGGACUCCAUGCAGGGGUCAACAGAGUUCAAUAACGAGCUCAAGUUCCUGUCCAAGAUUCGCCACCCGCACCUGGUGGCGCUGAUUGGCUUCUGUGAGGAGCAGGGGCAGCAGCUGCUGGUGUAUGAGUUCAUGGCGCAGGGCAACCUGAGGGAGCACUUAUAUGACCGGUUGGGAGCGCCAAGGGGCCGACUGCGAUGGCUGCAGCGCCUGUCUAUUGCUGUUGGUGCCGCCAAAGGCAUAGAGUAUUUGCACGUGGCCCUUCGCCCCUCCAUCAUCCAUCGCGACAUCAAGACCACCAACAUCCUCCUCGACGACAGCCUCUGCGCCAAAGUCGCUGAUUUCGGGCUCUCGAGGCUGGGCCCACAGGACAGCUCGCACGUGUCGACCAAUGUCAAGGGGACAGCGGGUUACUUGGAUCCAGAGUACUACACGGUGCAGCAGCUGACGGAUCGCAGCGACGUGUUCAGCUUCGGGGUGGUGCUGCUGGAGCUGGUCAGCGGGCGACAACCCAUCGACCUCAACAGACCAAGGGUCGACUGGAACAUCAUUGACUGGGCGCGCAAGCACCUCCAGCAGGGUGAUAUCGAGGCGAUAGUGGACCCCACGCUGCCCCCCUCGGAGUUCCUCAUGGACGCCAUGUGGAAAGUGGCGGAGGUGGGCAUCCUGUGCGUGGAGCCCAUGGGCAUCAACCGGCCGAGCAUCAGCGAGGUGGUCAGGGAGCUCGGGGAGGCCGUUGCCAUGGAGCUGUCCAACACACCUGUAAGGAAUCACUUCCACCAGCACCACCAGCAGCAGCACCAGCAGCCGCAGCAGCGGCGGCAUGAGCAGCAGGAGGGGCAGGAGGGGGAGCAGGAGGAGUAUGAUUCUGAGAUUGGGGUGGAGUAUGGUGGGGAGAUGGGGGGAGAUAGGGGCACGGGGGGAGGAGCAGGAGGAGGAGGAGCAGCGAGAGGGGGAGGAGGGGAUGGAGGGGGGAUGGUUGGUAGGCGGGGUUAUUACAAUUCCACUCUGACGUUUUCUCGCUCGGGAACGAACGGUGGGGAUUCGUCCGGAGGGAUGGAUGCGCGAGAUCGGGGCGGCAGGGGGAUGGAUCGGGGUUUUGGGAGAGGGGAGAAUCUGAACAGAGUGGUCCCGGCUGAGCUGGCGAUGAGCUGGCAAGGGGAAGGAGGGGAGGCGUCAGGGGGCAUGAGGGGGGAUGGCGAUGGGAGUGGUGGAGUGUGGAUGGGUGUUGGAGGAGUGAGUGAGAGAGUGAGUGAGAGAGUGAGUGGGCGAGUGAGUCAGAGAGUGAGUGGGGAAAUGGGGAUGUGUGCAGUAGGGCGGGGAGGGUCGGGAGAAGGGGUUGUUGCAGGGAUGGGUGUGGGAGACUGGAGUGGGGGUAGCUCGGGAAGGCAUGGGGAUAGAGCCGGGGGUGAGCGAGGGAGAUCAGGAGGAUGGGGAGGAGGAGGUGGAGGAGGAGAGGGAGAGGGAGAGGGAGGGAGCACGAUGGGGUUUAGAGGGCCAGGGAGGAGCGGGGAGAUGUACAUACGGAGGGGGGGAUCAUCGGAGGAGUUCAAGUCACGGAGCGGAGGGGAAGGGAGCGGGGCGCAAGGGGGCGGGGCGCAAGGGGUGGGCCCCAUGGCAGUCUCAGACUCUCUGAUGAGGCGGAGGAGGGAGGGAGCAGCGUACACUGGCCCGAUCGCACGGCCGAAUUUGCCAACGGGGGGUGGAGGGAGUGGGGGGAGAGGGAGAGAGGGGGGAGGGGAGGGGAUAGGGCGGGGAGGGUUUUCUGGGGAGAGUGUGGAGGCGGAAUUGAUGAUGGCGCAUGCGCCCCAUGGGGAUUACAUGCUGCUGAGGAAAGUGCAGCAAGGGGUCAUGUCGCCACCCACCCCUCAGGAGAAACGGCACUUUUCAGCUGAGGACAAGCCCCGGUUCGCCUCGCCUUUCGCGCAGCCCGGGUUCCAGCCCCGGGCAGGUGGCCGAGAGUUUGAAUCUGCCCGUGAGCCGGCCGGGAGUCAUGGGAUUGGGGCGACCCCGGAUGGAAAGCGCCGCUUGAGUGAAGGGGUCAAUGUGACCAUGAGUGAGGAGGGACGCACCCUGGGGAAAGAUGUAACCCUGAGAAAUGACACGAGGAAUGACACGAGGCCGCCGGAUUUUGAGAUGUCGCGACCGCAUAACUUGGUAACGGCUACUGCCUCGUCUUUGUCGGCAGUAGAGCUGGUUGGAAUGUCGACAGACUCGUGGCGUGAGACCCCCUCCCUGCCGUACCUAGUGCCGAGCCAAGGCCCGGAGCACUUGAGCGGGCGGCUUGAUGAAAGGUUGGCUGGAGUUGAAAAGACUGAGCAGCGGAAAAUGGCCGUUCUUGCUCAAUCGGCACCGUCACAGUAGGUGUAUGUAUUUCUUGUACACAUAUUUAGCACUAUGGUGCUCAAGGUUAGUAAGAAGUUAGUCAGAUUCCCCUU